UUAUGAAACGGCAGGAGUAUUUAAUUAACUUCGACUACACACAUCAAUUACUACGCUUGCACCCAUGCUGGCUGCUCGUGCUCUAUAUAAGCAGAGACCCCGUUACUCCAUCGACCUCUAGCUUACUAGCUACAGCUGCAUGCAUUGCUGAGGAUCAGAAGAUGGCCGCGGCUGACGGUCAGAAGAACAAGCUCUUCUUCUCCAAGCUCCUCUCCCAUGGAGGCGGCGGCGCUCUGAAGCGCCCCGUCAUCCACAAGCGCGCGCCCCCGGCGGCGGCGAAGCUGGCGGUGGUCGACGUCGAGGGCGCGCUCCUCCUGCCGCGGUCCCUCUUCCCGUACUUCAUGCUGGUGGCCGUCGAGGCCGGGGGCUUCCUCCGGGGCCUCGUCCUGCUCCUCCUCUACCCCUUCAUCCUCGCCCUCCCCUUCUUCUCCGGCGCCGACGCGGCCGUGAGGGCCAUGGCGUUCGUGGCCUUCUGCGGGCUCCGCGCCGCCCGGUUCCGCGCCGGCCGCGCCGUGCUCCCGCGCUGGCUCCUCCAGGACGUCGCGCUCCAGGGCUUCGACCUCGCCGUGUCCCCGGCGCGUCGUCAGCGCCAGAGCUCGUCGGCUUUGUAUGUCAGCAGGAUGCCGCGGGUCAUGGUGGAGCCGUUCCUCAAGGAGUACCUGCUCAUCCAGGACCAGGAAUCUCGCGAUGACGUCAUCGUCGCGAGGGAGAUGAAGACGACCUGGGGCUUCUACACCGGGUUCAUGGAGGACUACCAAUGGGACCUGGCCGGCGUAGUAGAGGAAGACGCCAUCGGCUUUACCGGAGGUUCUUCUUCUUCAUCAUCCAUGGAGUCGUUCUUCUUCCUCAACUCUCUCUGCAAGGAGAUCUACACGAUAACCGACGAGGAAAAAGCCAAGUGGCAGCCAUUACCUCCCCGCUCUCACCCGCGGCCAGUCGUCUUCCACGACGGCCGGCUCGCCAUCCUCCCGACCCCGCUCGCCAUCGCCGCCACGCUAGCCUGGCUCCCCAUGGGCGCCCUUCUCGCCGUCGCCCGCAUCGCCAUCGCGCUGUCCCUCCCCUACCGCCUCGCGACUCCCCUCCUCGCCUUCACCGGCCAGUCAUGGCGCCUCCGCGGCUCCCUGCCUCCCUCCGCCGAACACGUAAACGGGCAGCUUUACGUCUGCAACCACCGGACGCUCAUCGACCCGGUCUACGUCUCCAUCGCUCUAAACCGCCCCGUCCGCGCCGUCUCCUACAGCUUGAGCCGCUUCUCCGACCUCAUCUCCCCCAUCGGCGCCACCGUCCGCCUGACCCGCGACCGCGCCCACGACGGCGCGGCCAUGGCCGCCCUCCUCCAGCAAGGCUCCCAGGUCGUCGUCUGCCCCGAGGGCACCACGUGUCGUGAGCCCUACCUGCUGAGAUUCAGCCCGCUCUUCGCCGAGCUCACCGACGGCGUCGUGCCCGUGGCGCUGGCGGUGGAGACGGCCAUGUUCCAUGCUACUACGGCGGGGGGUUGGAAGUGGCUUGACCCGCUGUAUUAUCUGGCGAAUCCUAGGAUGUGUUAUACCGUGGAGUUCUUACCCCGGGUUGAGACGAAGGCGAAGGCGAAGGCGAGCAGUGCGGAGGUGGCGAAUGAAGUGCAGCGGCGAGUGGCGGAGGCGCUUGGGUAUCAGUGUACCAUGCUUACCAGGAAGGAAAAGUACCGGAUGCUCGCCGGGAAUCAUGGCGUCGUGCAGAGGAGACGAGGGUCGUCCAUGGAGGAAAGGAAAUGAGGAAUUUGAAAGAAGGGAGAAGUUCUUGAUGAGAAUGAAUGACCACAAGAUAUGUAAUGUAUGUAAAACUGCCAGUAAAAGUCUUUUACGGAAUACUAAAAUAUAUGGAUAUGAUGUAUAGCAGAAUUUCGUACUAUAAAGUUGUUUUGGAUGCUGGCUGGCCUUGCUUUUU